GCCGUGCUCGACUGUUUCUUCUCUUAUCUGGCGCUCACGCGAAUCUCGAAGCGUCCAUCCGCAAGACGAGAGGAUGACUGACGAUUCUCAUCAAUCUCCAACGAAUUCGCCAAAGUAUCAGCUUAUAUCUUUACUGCAGUCAUGGCUAAAUCACCCAUCAUGAAGACUGUAACGAAACGCCUUCGAGAGCUGGCCAUAGUCAUUUGGGUUGAUACCGAGACCAACGAUCUAUGGAAACAGAUCAUCAAGUGCUCUAUCGCUAGUAUCGGCUCGGUCGUCGCCGUAAUGACUCCUGAAGCCGCAGCAGUCCUGGGCCCUUCGACCUUUCUUGCACCAAUGGCUACCGUCUUUGCUCAUCCAGGUCAAAGGCUGGGCACCAUGAUCGAGACCCUUCUCAUGAUGUUGCUGGGCACUUUAUUCGGACUUGCGUGGUCCAUUCUUGCACUCUGGCUGUCUGGUUACGCUUCCGGAACAAACGAAACAGCUCCUAAUGCUAUCUGCGCAGUAUUUUUCACUAUAGCUGCUUUUUUCCAUGGCUACAUAAGAUCGGCUAGUCCCCGCAUGUUCUUAUUUGUCACCUUUUUUCUUAUUGCCAAUAUCAUUACUCUGCUCGGAGGCUACACCUCGGUGUCUUCAGAGGUUAUUACACACACCUACUACCCUAUGAUGGUCGGCGGUGGUAUCUCAGUCGUGGUCAACCUAUCAAUAUUUCCCGAGCUGUCGAGCAGUUACCUCGGUCUAUCUGCCAUUGAUGCUCUUUGCGAAACAAUGGAUACCAUGACCCGAGCUACGCAUUGGUUCAUCACACCCGGUGCUGAUUCUGAAGAAGAUUCCACUACCACUGCUCUUACAAUGACAAACACUGUAAAGAGUGUCCCCGAGAAACCAAAGCGCAAGAAAGGUCGUUUCCGCAAGUGGUUGAGUCGGUUUCCGAAUCCCUUUAAACAAUCUCAGCAUCGAUAUCAUGCUUCCACCAUUCCAGUUGGCCUUACGACAAUAAGAAGUCUGACAAGCAAAAGGGGGAGUCUUCGCGCACGUCUCACACAUUGCAAAGCUGCUCAGAAAGAAGUCAACUACGAGAUCUCUGUAUCUGCCCUUCCUCUAAGCAGCAUGAAGCCUCUGAGUACCUCCCAUAUGAGCAGCCUCGUCCAAAAUACACUCGCCAUCAUCGGUGCAUGUGAAAACAAAUUCAUAGUAUUGCAGAAUAACGACAAUUCCGAUGAUGAAAGCGACAGCGAUAUGACUGGCCCCAGUGGAAUCAAGCGCAUGAAUACUUUUGAUGACUACCUUCAAAGAGUCGAAGAAAGCAAGCCUCUAAGGGAGAUCGAAGCUAGUAGUGCAAGUCUCCUUGAAUCCAUCAUUGAGCGUAUCCGAGAGCCUGUUCAGGAGUUUGAGGCUUCGCUGAAAGAGGCUGUACGCCUGGUCGUCGUAUGUGUCGCUUAUUGCUACGAUGUACGACGACUGCCUUCAGGAUCACCGGCCCCAAGAGGCAUCCAUCUCCAAGAAUUGGACUUUAGAAUCGACCUUUUCACGGAAGCAAUCACUAAUUUUGAUGCCAGCUGCUCCAUGGAGCUUCGUCGUUCAGGUAUGGAUAAGAGUGGAUAUAGCAUGGACUUUAUGCCUCGAAUGGAAACGUUUUUGAUCUCUUCGUUCGUACUGAGUCUGCGCCAGGCAGCUAUGUAUGUUUUGGACAUGCUUCGCCAUGUUCGAAAAACAGUCGAACAGAGACAAGCUCGAAACGACAGGGCCACAAUCUGGUUCCCCAAACAUGUCGAUAUCAGGCAGUGGUUAAUUACUGGUGGUGAGAGUGAUGGUUUUGUUCUGCCAGAAGCGGCUCGCAAAGAAGUUCGUCGGGGAAAAAGUACAACGGGGCACAAGUCGAAAAAUAAAACACACCAAAGCAAUAAGGAUACGAAAACCAAGCCCGCGAAGGGGAAGGAUGAAGAAAAAGGCAUUCGAUUUGCAGAGCCGGUUUUUCAAACGAGAGAGGACCGCAACGUUGAACAACCACAAGAGAAAGAUCAACCUCAACCUCAACAAAGCAGUAAGAUCCUCAAGAUUAGAGGGAUGGCAGCCGAUGCAUUGGAAUGGAUCCAGGACUCGGAACACGUCAAAUAUGCUUUCAAGCUCACCAUCGCCAUCCUCUUACUUAGCUGGCCAGCUUUUGUGGAGUCUCAGAUGGGAUGGUACUCAGCCUACCGUGGUAUUUGGGCACCGAUGCAACUGUUUCUCGUCUUUGAAGUGGCCAUAGGAACGUCCUUCCACGUCUUUUUUAUUCGUCUUUGCGGUGUUGUGGCAGGUAGCGCUUUUGGCUAUGCAUCUGCCCUAGUUGGGGACAGAAGUCUGAUCGCCAUGGUUUUCUUUCUGAUUAUUGGUAUCAUGCCGUCGUUCUAUGUCCAACUUGGCACUAGAUAUGUCAAGGCCGGCAUGAUCUCUACAGUUACAAUGGUCGUGGUCGCGCUCUCUGCGGUUAACGGCACCGAGUCCGCUUAUCAUUAUUUCUAUAAGCGCCUGUGUGCCUUUAUCAUCGGGGGGACCACUGCGCUGCUGAUUGAACUUAUUUUAUACCCAGUCAGAGCCAGGGAUCGACUAGUUGAGUCGCUCGCAGCGUCGGUCAAACAGGUUCAGAAUAUGCAAGCCGCAAUGGCUGUUGGCCUGGACGAGCCCAUCAAGCCAAAUUUCCGGAAUCCUGACCUCAACAAGCGCUUCCGUCGUGCCACAAACAAAGCACGAGGAGCUCUGGCUGCGGCUGAGACGUUUCUUCCAUUCUCCGUUACUGAGCCGCGCCUUAAGGGUGAUUUUAAACCACUCGUGCCUGUCUACAAAGAGAUCUUCUAUGUGUUGCAUCAAAUUAUCGAUAGGAUGGAAAACGUCGUGAUGCUACGGAGAGAGUAUGGUUCGUCUAUUUUGGAAGACUUGAAUCCUCAAGUCCACGCCUAUCGACGGAAUGUGGCGGCCAGUAUCAUGCUGGUACUUUUUACGGUAUACGAGGCGUUCAUUACCUGGACACCUCUGCCACAGUUUAUCCCGUCAAGUCGACUCGCGCAACUGCGCCUAGUCAACCAUGUGCGCGAGAUUCUUGCGUCCAGGAGUGGCACUCAGACACCCGCUGGGGAGCCACCAAGUGUCUUUGACGAGAAUGGGGAGCUUGCUGCGCAGGUCGCAUACCUCAUCACCCAAAAACGAUUUCUCUCCUGGAACGCAAGCACUUCUGGACAGAUGGAGAUCAUCGAAUAUCUCGAAGAGCUUGUACAACUUGUUAAGAUUCUUGUUGGAGUUAAUGAUUUCCGCAGCGGUCUACUAAAGACUCCUACCCUUAGUAACUAUCGGGAGCGUAAGCACCUGACACGGAUGCCUCUGUCUCGCGUGCCGACUGCUGAUAGCCGCACGACCGGUGUUCCGGCGGAGGAGGUUCCAACAGUCGAGAGUAGAGCCAGUGGACUGCAGCGAACGCAAACAAUCCGUGCAGGCCAUGCGAGGAGACGGAAUCAUAGGAGAGAGGAUAAUGAGAAGGAGGCUGAUAGUGACAGUGAGGAGGAUAUACCCAUGAGUUUACAAAGAGUUGGCACACGACUCUGUGAGGAUGCUGCAGUUGUUCGACGACGCGCUAUGUCUGUUAGUAAAGACUAGGGUUGGGAGAUGCAGCA